CUCCAGGACCUUCACUCCCUCUUUCUCUUUGGAGAGCCCAAGGUGGGUCCUGACAGGUGGGUUGUGGCCGCGCCUGCUCCUCCCGCCGGCAGGGGCGCUGUGGGGAGGAGAGCGCGUCCUGGCCCGCCUGCGUCCAGACGCGCGCCACGCCCGGGGCUGGGUUUGCGGGGCGAUCCGAGCGCUGCCCGAGUGCGGACCCAGCGGCGGCUGGACUGGGCCAUGGCCCAGCGGACUCCGUUCCCUCUGACUUUUGAGGAUGUUGCCAUCUACUUCUCAGAGCAGGAGUGGCGCCAUCUGGAGGCCUCGCAGAAACAGCUUUAUAGAAACGUAAUGCGAGCCAAUUAUGAGACGCUUGUCUCUCUAGAUAGUGGACUUCCCAAACCGGAACUAAUAUCCUGGAUUGAACAGGAGGGAGAGCCGUCCAGAAGUUCUGAAGAGUCGCAGAAAUCAGAAAGCAUCAUUCACUCCUCCGCCGAUGUUGAUACAGCAACUGAGGGACAGUCGCUUUGGGUUUCAGGAAGCCAGCAGCCUGUGAGCUCAGGAGAAAUUAAAUGCCAUUUCCAGUCAGACCCGCUUCAGAGUCAGCAUUCUUUCAGGCUCACCUCAGACGACAGGGAGGAUGUUUCCUUCGGGCUUGCCCAAGGCCUCAUGGAGGCAGAGACCGAGAAUCUACAGAGACAUAGCCCAGGUGCUGCUAAGGCAGCAGUCUACGGCUCCAGAUGUCCACACAGGGAAGGAAUCCCAGGUCACAGAGUGCUGGGGCUGUCCCAGGAGGCCCCCGAGCGCCCCUGCCCUGACUGCGGGGAAAGCUGUCGCAAGAAGGAGCAUUUAGUGAAGAGCCAGAGGAGUCACUCCGCCGACCUGCCACAUAAGGCCUUGACGUGCAGCACACGAGCUGGGCCACAGCAGCAGCAGGACAACGUCCCCCGGACAGAGAGGCACGUCCCAUGCCAGGAGUGCGGGGAGAGCUUCUGCCUGACGCAGUAUCUGCUGAGACAUCUGACUGCCCACUCUAGGAAGAGCCCAUUCCAGUGUCCUGAAUGCAAAAUGUGCUUCUGCCAUAAGCGGACCCUUCUCAGCCACCGCCUCACGCACAAGGGGGAGAGGGCUGCUCAGCUUCCCGCAUGUGGCAAGAGUUUCCACCUGAGGAGCAAUGCGCAGGCGCAGCCAUGCCUGCAUGGCACAGUGAGGCCGGGGCCCUGGAAAGGAGGCCGCAGGGCCGUCACCAGUGUACAACCAGGACAAAAGCUAGGUCCACGCGUGGACUGUGAGGAGCCCUGCCAUGGGGAAGUGGGCGCGGAGGCCCUGCAGCGCAGGUGCGGCGGACAGCAGCCCCGCACUUGCCCUGAGUGCUGCAGGUGCUUCUCCACGAGCGCCAAGCUUGCAGGCCACUUGGCACACGCGGGAGAAAAGCCCCGCCAGUGUCCAGGGCGCAGCAAGUGCUUCCGCGUGCGUGGACACGGUGGGGAGCGACGCAUCUCCUGCCGGAAGCGUGGCACAGGCUUCCCCGGAGAGAAGCCCUUCCUGUGUGCCGAGUGUGACAGGAGCUUCCGCCAACGGGGACAGCUGCUGAGGCACCAGCGGCUGCACACGGAGGAGAAGCCCUUCCGGUGCCUGGAGUGUGGGCAGAGCUUCCGUCUGAAGAGCAUGUUGAGAACCCACAGGCUCCGACACGGCGGAGAAAGGCCGUUCUCCUGCGGAGAGUGUGGCAGGGGCUUCACGCACCAGUGCAAGCUGCGCGAGCACCUGAGGGUGCACAGUGGGGAGAGGCCCUUCCGGUGUCCGGAGUGCGACAGGAGCUUCCGCCUGAAGGGCAUCCUCAAGGCGCACCUGCGCACUCACAGCAAGGAGCGGCCCUUCUCGUGCGGGGAGUGUGGCAAGGGCUUCACCAGGCAGUCCAAGCUCACCGAGCACUUCCGCGUCCACAGCGGGGAGAGGCCCUUCCCGUGCCCGCAGUGCGAGCGGAGCUUCCGCCUGAAAGGGCAGCUGCUGAGCCACCAGCGCCUGCACACCGGGGAGAGGCCCUUCCAGUGCCCGCAGUGCGGCAAGAGCUACCGCGUGAAGGCCGACAUGAAGGCCCACCAGCUGCUGCACGGCGGCAAGAUGCCCUUCUCCUGUGAGUGUGGCAAGGGCUUUGCCAAACAGUCCAAGCUCAUCGAACACAUCAGGACGCACACGGGAGAGAAGCCCUUCCAGUGUCCCAAGUGUGACAAGAGCUUCCGUCUGAAGGCCCAGCUGCUUAGCCACCAGGGCCUGCACACAGGGGAGAGACCUUUCCAUUGCCCUGAGUGUGAUAAAAACUUCCGGGAAAGAGGCCACAUGCUUCGGCACCAGCGCAUCCACAGGCCCGACAGGCCCUUUGCCUGCGGGGACUGUGGGAAGGGCUUCAUCUAUAAAUCCAAAUUAGCUGAGCACGCCAGAGUGCAUGCCAAAUCCUACCGUCCUCCAGCCCAGCCUGAUGCGAAGGAAAGGCUUAGCCAGUUGUUUGCAAUGAUCCAGGCUGACUGGAGCUGAGGGAACAUAACCCAGCAGAACAGUUCAGGAGGGCGUGGCGCAGUAACCUAAUGGCUGAAGUCUUCGCCUUGCAUGCACUAGGACCCCAUAUGGCACUGGUUUGUGGCCCAGCUGCUCCACUUCCCAUCCAGCUCCCUGCCUGUGGCCUGAGAGAGCAGUAGAGGACGGCCCAAAGCCUUGGGACUGUGCACCCAUGUGGGAGACCCAGAAGAAGCUCCUGGCUCCUGGCUUUAGAUUGGCUCAGCUCCAGCUGUUGAGGCCAUUUAAGGAGUAAACCAGCAGACAGAAGAUCUGUCUCUCCUUCUCUCUAUAAAUCUGAUCCAGAUUUAUAAAUAAAUAAAUCUUUAAGGAGGAAAAAAAAGUGUUGCAUGAACAGUUACAUAAAGAUUCUAAUUAAAUUGUCUGUUGCUUCAAUCUUAGAGAUGAAGAUUUGCAAAGAUUAUAAGCACUUGAACUUUCAUAUAAAGAGGAAGAAAAAAUCCUCAGUGAAUCAUAAUUUAGGAAGUGAAAACAAAAAUUUCAAAAAAAAAGCACUCAUAAUAAUUGGAGGAAAUACCAUUAUUGUGAAAUAAGAACUUAAGCUUACGGAAAAGAAGGCAUGUGGAAAUAACUUCUAAGUUGUUGAGAGAAAUGGAUUAAUAAAAUUUUAGGAUUAGUGACAAACCUGUAGAAAGUAAAAUAGAAGAUCCAACAGGUAGAAAAUAGGAAAAUAAAUGGAAGACAACAAAUUGUGCAAAUUCUGGUACUUUGGG